AUGAAGAACCAGACCAAGAUCACAGAGAUCUUACUUCUCGGAUUCACUGAGAACCGCAAACUAGAAAUCUUUCUCUUUGUGCUUUUCUUAAUCAUGUACCUUAUUGCCGUCACAGGAAACCUGCUCAUUAUUUUCCUUACUUUGGUGGAUUCCCAUCUCCGAACCCCCAUGUAUUUCUUCCUCCAAAAUUACGCCAUCUUGGAAAUCGGAUACACCACUGCUGUCAUACCAACAACCAUGAUUAACCUGGCCACGGGCAGGAAACAGAUCUCUUUAGUUGGCUGCGUAAGCCAGACCUUUGUGUAUUUCUUUUUGGGCACCACUGAUUUCUUCUUGCUGACGGUGAUGUCGUUUGACAGGUACAUGGCCAUCUGCCACCCUCUGCGGUACACCACCAUCAUGAACGAUCGCUUCUGCGCCCUGUUGGUGCUCUCAUCUUGGGCAGGAGGCUUCUUCUUGGUUUUUGGUCAAAUCAUAUACACCACUCAGCUUCCCUGCUGUGGCCCAAAUGUCAUUGAUCAUUUCUUCUGUGACAGCAGGCCUUUACAUCAACUUCACUGUGGAGAUAAGCGGCAGUGGCUCCUUGAACUCAUUGGCUUACUUUCUGCUGUGUUUUCUCUACUAGGGACGUUAGCAGUCACCACAGUCUCUUAUGUGAGGAUUAUUGACACAGUUCUCCACAUCCCGACUGCAGCAGGUAGGCAGAAAGCUUUUUCCACCUGUGCUGCCCAUGUAACUGUGGUCACCAUCACCUACGGCACCUGCAUAUCGAUGUAUGUCACGCCAGUGGAAGGUGGCGGGCACAAUUUCAACAAAGUUGUGGCGGUUCUCAACAAUUUCCUGUGCCCUCUCAUGACCCCCUUUGUUUACAGUCUGCGGAAUCAGCAGGUCCAAAAUGCUUUAAAGGGUGCUUUGGACUGUAAAAUGUUCUCGUAUAAAAUGAAGAGUGUCCCAUAG